CUGCGAAUCCACGUCUGGUGAAAGCGGAUCAGUGCUCCGAUGACGUGCCGAAAGCAACCGACGGUCGAGCCCAAAGGCAAUGCUUUUGUCCCGUUCUGUCAAUUUUAUUAUCUCCGAAUCUCCGGAAAUCCGAUUUAUCUCCCUUGGAUCGAGAUUGCGUCGCACAAGGGAUUGUCUAACAUGACAGAUAUGGGAAUGCUCCAGGCAUCAUUUGCAUGAGUUUGUUCUAUGCUUCAAAGGCUUUAAAGUUGCAAUAAAAUCGUCCAGAUGUCCCCGUAGCACACUCUCUGUGAAGCACUCAUGUCAUCAUCAUCAGACAAGGAUGGCGUUAAGCCACAAUCCCCAUUCUACUUCGCUGAAAAUUCCAAACGCACCAAAAACAAAUCUCACCAGUCCGCUCCUUCCGUUUCCAACAACUCUCGCCCAUCCACUGCUGCAAGUUCCCUCGUAAACCCUUUCUCCCCACCUGCUAGUCUCGUCAGCUUCAACCUUGAUCCCGUAAGCAACGUCUCCAUGCCCGUUGCCGCAACACGUCAAGAAGACGGUCUAGUACCUCGUCAUGGUGUGGCCGUGCUUCCUCGCACCGCGUCAUACUAUGGCAGCCGUCCCAACACUGAAGAUAGCCCCGGUCGUGUGGCCUCCGGUAUUCGCCUUCGUGAAACAUUCGCAGCACCCCCAGCUCGCCCCUUGACAGCAGUCUCGACCUCUGUUAGCCUCGCUCCAAGCAAAACAAACCGCAUGCGUUCUACCAUGCUUGAAGAUCCGAGCACCUUGGACAAACCUUGGGUGACCAAGAAAGACCCAUAUGCGAGGAUCGCCUAUCUCUUGACCUACUCAGUGGCCUUCCUUGGCAUAGCAGCCUCUGUUAUUCGCUGCUACUUUGGUUACAAGAGCGUACCGUUGAUCACCGGCAACUUGUGCAUGGUGUUGGAUGAAGAUUUUAAUUCCGAUACCGAUACAACUUUCGGACCUAACGGAAAUUGGGUCCGUGAAGUGCAAUUAGGUGGUUUUGGGAACGGCGAGUUUGAGAUGACAACGUCAUCAUCAAACAAUUCAUACACCUCCAACGGAUACCUUUACAUAACCCCUACCCUGACAUCGAAUAUCAUUGGCUCGGAUGCUGUGUUCAACGGUUAUACAUACAACCUUACCGAUUGCACGUACAACUUGACGAGCCCGGAAGCAAAUCCGAGUUCAUCAAACACCACGGGCUACUAUCAAGCUUGCGGUGCAGUAAGCAACAGUACCACCGGCACGAUCAUCAACCCUGUACAAAGCGCGAGGAUCACCACACUCAACAAAGCUAGCAUCCGAUAUGGCCGCGUUGAGGUACGGGCCAAGCUGCCACGGGGUGAUUGGCUCUGGCCUGCAAUUUGGAUGCUUCCUGUGAACAACACCUACGGACCAUGGCCAUUGAGCGGUGAAAUCGACAUCAUGGAAUCACGCGGAAACGCCCGCAGCUACCCUGAUCAGGGUAUCGACUACGUCCGCGGAUCACUCAACUGGGGACCCCUGUCGUUCUUGAAUGCCGUGUACAAGACUUUUGGCUGGUGGACACAGAGACGCACCGACUAUGGGGAAGACUUCCACACAUAUACACUGGAGUGGACAGAGAAUUUCCUUCGCAUUUACGUUGACACUCGUUUGCACUACAUGCUUCAGGUUUCUUUCAACGAGCCUUUCUUUUCACGUGGAAACUUCCCCUCUGUGGUUGAAAAUGGAACACAGCCCAUUGUUCUGAAAAACCCUUGGAUCAACGGGACCAAUGCGUCACCUUUCGACCAACCAUUCUAUCUCAUUCUUGACCUCGCCGUUGGCGGGACUAACGGAUGGUUCCCCGAUAACGCAGGCAACAAGCCAUGGUUGGAUAACUCGAACACAGCCAUGCGGCAGUUCGCGCAAGCGCAGGACACAUGGUACCCGACCUGGGGCUCAGAUGGGGAGAGUAGUUCAUUGAUUGUGGACUCCGUCAAGAUGUGGGAACUCUGUUAGUUGAGCCAUGGACAACCUUGAGGAUUUGAGAUUUGUACAUACCCUUUCAUAUUUUAUACUUCACACCAUGCAUGAGC